AUGAGCAAUAUCUGCGAGCUGCGCUUAGUCCUGCGCAUCCAAUAUUUAAAGCGAGAGUUUUUUUCAGCGAAUCCACUACUAAGCAAGCAACGCGGGUCAAUAAAUCUGGUAAUUGGGUCUUCCCCAGCGUGUGGGAUGAAGGCAACUGGUAUGCCAGCCCAUCUGGCCAUUGCCACCGAGGUGAAAGACCUCCGUCAAGAGUUAUUUAAUCUCAAUAAAGAGGUUAACCAGCUCAAAACAGAGAUCACGACGUCUCUUCCUGACCCUGUGUCUGCAAAAGUGGUUUCCGAGCUUCGACAGCACUUUGUCGUAGGUGGAGUGGCUCCUGUGUCGCUUCGAGACCUUGCUAGUCUUCGUGUGGAGUUGUCGGAUGAAAUUCGAAAAGCUAUUAAUUCUAUACGUUCUCCCUGCGGUAGCGGAAUCAUUGCGCCAACGAAGCCAGCAAGUACGCCGUGGCGAACAUGGCAGUGGAAUGAUGGUCAAUUGGGUCAUGCUGUGCCAAAAGGCUGGGAGUUUCCAGCCCGUACUAGUUAG